GUGGUUGAAGAUUAUCAAAACUUUCUGUGUUUGGACGACAUUCCCUUGACUUUCAAAGAAAACAAACUCGUUGUUGAUUGUCACCAUAGAUAAUCACAAUAAAUGUCACAACAAGUCCAUGUGGGAUAUUAGAUUUUAUGUUAGAGAAACGUAAUUUUACAAUGAAACAAGAAGAAAAAGACCCAAAAGCUCAACGAGGGCGUAAGAAAGUUUUGUUGUAUAAACCACGUAAGAAAAAAAGCUUUGAGGAAGAUGCCGCAAUCAAAUAUUUACAGGGGCAAUAUGAAAAGAUAAAUCCGGAUGACAUAAGAACUUUUAAAGAUUUUCCCCUCUCCCAGAAAACUCUAAAUGGACUCAAAGCGAAUAAUUACGUGACUCCCACUGAAAUACAGAAACAAGCUAUCGGAUAUGCACUGCAAGGAAAAGAUAUCCUUGGCGCAGCUAAAACAGGUUCUGGCAAAACCUUAGCAUUCUUAAUACCCAUAUUAGAAAACUUGUUUUGUAAGAAAUGGACCAGAUUAGAUGGAGUUGGAGCAUUAGUGAUAUCACCAACAAGAGAGCUAGCUUACCAAAUAUAUGAAACUCUCAGGAAAAUUGGACAUUUUCAUGAUUUCUCUGCUGGACUGAUUAUUGGUGGACAGAAUUUAAAAUUUGAACGAAAAAGAAUGGAUCAAAUCAAUAUAUUAAUAUGUACUCCAGGUAGGUUGCUGCAGCACAUGGAUGAGAACCCUCUGUUUGACUGUAGCCACCUCCAAAUUGUUGUCCUAGAUGAGGCUGAUAGGUGUUUAGAUAUGGGCUUUGAAACCACGAUGAAUGCUAUAAUAGAGAACUUGCCGCCUCAAAGACAAACAUUGCUUUUCUCGGCGACACAGACUAAAUCUGUUAAAGAUUUAGCUAGAUUGAGCUUGUCAUUUCCCACAUAUGUAGCUCCUCAUGAGCAAGCUGCCACAGUAACUCCAGAGGCACUACAACAGAGUUACAUCACAUGUGAGAUUGAUGAGAAAAUUGGAAUACUUUGGUCUUUCAUUAGAAACCAUUUGAAACAAAAAGUGCUAGUGUUUAUGGCAACCUGUAAGCAAGUUAAAUACACUUAUGAUUUGUUCUGUAAGCUGAGGCCUGGGGUCAGUUUACUGGCUCUCUAUGGAACUCUGCAUCAGGAGAAAAGAGAAAAGAUUUAUAAUGAAUUCUGUAGGAAAUCAAAUGUUGUAUUGUUUGCUACAGAUUUGGCAUCAAGGGGCUUAGACUUUCCAAGGGUAAAUUGGGUUAUACAAAUGGAUUGCCCAGAAGAUGUAGAGACAUACAUCCACAGAGCUGGCAGGACAGCUAGAGGAGUGCUUGGUAAAGGAGAAGGCCUCCUCAUGCUAUUACCCCAUGAAGAGAAAUUUGUUGAGAGUUUAAAAAAUAGUAAGAUUCCAAUUAACAAAAUAGCCAUUGAUCCAUCAAAAGUAGUUGCUCCACAACUUAAAAUAGAAGCUCUAUUAUCUGACAACACUGAACUGAAGCAAACCGCACAAAGAGCAUUUGUUUGCUACUUAAAGUCUAUAUUCUUAAUGAAAAAUAAAGAUAUAUUUAAAGUUCAGCUUUUAGAUACUGAUGCUUAUGCCAGAUCACUGGGCUUAAUUGUGCCACCAAGGAUAAGAUUCUUAGAGAAGUAUCAUAGGCAAAAUCAAUAUAAAAUAGAUCAAGAAUCCCAAGGCAGCAAUAUUAUUGACAAACUUAAAGCUCGGGAUGAUGAUGGGGCUGAAACGGAUCAGAGUAUUGAAGAAAACCCGGAAGGAAAAAAACAGCAAAAGAAAGAGAUAAUUAAAAAGAAAGCAUUACCUAAAUUUGACUUCCAUAACAAUAUAGAUAGUGAUGAAGAUGACUUUCUUCAAGUUAAAACUAAAAAUAUUCAAGUAGCUGAAGAGGUUUCAACUGCUGAGGAAACAAUUUCUAGGAAGAAAUCUAAACCAUUAACAAAGACAGCUGUUGCCAAGAAAAUACUGAAAAAGAAGUUGAAAGUGAACACCAAAGUGACAUUUAAUGAGGAAGGACAAAUUAUAGAGGAUGAAAAAAGAAAUGUCAGAUCUGAUAUAGCUAAACAAUUUGCAAAUGAGGACAUUGGAGGAAUUGACAUUGAAAAAGCUAAAGAAGUUCUACAAGAAGAGGAUAAAUUUGAUAAAAUAAGAUUUCGACAGAGGAUAAAAGCAAAACAUAAAGAAGAAAAAAGAAAACUAAAGAAUAAAAAGAAAGAUGAAGAAGGGGAAAAGGAUGAUUUUGGAUCACAGUCAGAGUCUGACGGACCAGAUCUAUCAUGGCUUCCUGAUCCUGAUAAGAUUUAUAGUAAUGAGGAUGGCAAUAAUGAUAAGAGUAGUGAUGCUGGCAGCAGUAGAAAUGAAGAUGACACUGAUUUGGAUCAGGGAUCUUACAGUGAAGAAGAGAAGUAUCACAGGCCUCAAAAAAGGAAACUGGUAGAAAGCAAAGGUAUCCCUCAGGAAAGCAUAGCACCUCGUAAGGUUAAAAAGAUUCAAGACAUAUCAGCUUCAUUAUCUGUAUCAGAAGUUGAAGCACUUGCUAUGCAUUUGUUGAAGAGCAAGAAAACGCUUUGAGUUAUUGUUAAAAUAUAAUUAGUUAUGGUAUUUCAAUGUUAACCGUCAUAAUAUUGUACUAAUAAAGAUAUAAUCAUA